AUGCAGCGAGCCGACUCCGAGCAGCCCUCCAAGCGGCCCCGUUGCGAUGACAGCCCGAGAACCCCCUCAAACACCCCUUCCGCAGAGGCAGACUGGUCCCCGGGCCUGGAACUCCAUCCCGACUACAAGACAUGGGGUCCGGAGCAGGUGUGCUCCUUCCUCAGGCGCGGUGGCUUUGAAGAGCCGGUGCUGCUGAAGAACAUCCGAGAAAAUGAAAUCACAGGCACAUUACUGCCCUGUCUUGAUGAGUCUCGUUUUGAAAAUCUUGGAGUAAGUUCCUUGGGGGAGAGGAAGAAGCUGCUUAGUUAUAUCCAGCGAUUGGUUCAAAUCCACAUUGAUACCAUGAAGGUAAUUAAUGAUCCUAUCCAUGGCCACAUUGAGCUCCACCCUCUCCUUGUCCGAAUCAUUGAUACACCUCAAUUUCAACGUCUUCGAUACAUCAAACAGCUGGGAGGUGGUUACUAUGUUUUUCCAGGAGCUUCACACAAUCGAUUUGAGCAUAGUCUAGGGGUGGGGUAUCUAGCAGGAUGUCUAGUUCGCGCACUGGGUGAAAAACAACCAGAGCUGCAGAUAAGUGAACGAGAUAUUCUCUGUGUUCAGAUUGCUGGACUUUGUCAUGAUCUCGGUCAUGGGCCAUUUUCUCACAUGUUUGAUGGACGGUUUAUUCCACUUGCUCGCCCGGAGGUGAAAUGGACGCAUGAACAAGGCUCAGUUAUGAUGUUUGAGCACCUUAUUAAUUCUAAUGGAAUCAAGCCUGUCAUGGAACAAUAUGGUCUCAUCCCUGAAGAAGAUAUUUGCUUUAUAAAGGAACAAAUUGUAGGACCACUUGAAUCGCCUGUCAAAGAUUCAUUGUGGCCAUAUAAAGGGCGUCCUGAAAACAAAAGCUUCCUUUAUGAGAUAGUGUCUAAUAAAAGAAAUGGCAUUGAUGUGGACAAAUGGGAUUAUUUUGCCAGGGACUGCCAUCAUCUUGGAAUCCAAAAUAAUUUUGAUUACAAGCGCUUUAUUAAGUUUGCCCGUGUCUGUGAAGUAGACAAUGAGUUGCGUAUUUGUGCUAGAGAUAAGGAAGUUGGAAAUCUGUAUGACAUGUUCCACACUCGCAACUCUUUACACCGUAGAGCUUAUCAACACAAAGUUGGCAACAUUAUUGAUACAAUGAUUACAGAUGCUUUCCUCAAAGCAGAUGACUACAUAGAGAUUACAGGUGCUGGAGGAAAAAAGUAUCGCAUUUCUACAGCAAUUGACGACAUGGAAGCCUAUACUAAGCUGACAGAUAACAUUUUUCUGGAGAUUUUAUACUCUACUGAUCCCAAAUUGAAAGACGCACGAGAGAUUUUAAAACAAAUUGAAUACCGUAAUCUAUUCAAGUAUGUGGGUGAGACGCAGCCAACAGGACAAAUAAAGAUUAAAAGGGAGGACUAUGAAUCUCUUCCAAAAGAGGUUGCCAGUGCUAAACCCAAAGUAUUGCUAGACGUGAAACUGAAGGCUGAAGAUUUUAUAGUGGAUGUUAUCAACAUGGAUUAUGGAAUGCAAGAAAAGAAUCCAAUUGAUCAUGUUAGCUUCUAUUGUAAGACUGCCCCCAACAGAGCAAUCAGGAUUACUAAAAACCAGGUUUCACAACUUCUGCCAGAGAAAUUUGCAGAGCAGCUGAUUCGAGUAUAUUGUAAGAAGGUGGACAGAAAGAGUUUGUAUGCCGCAAGACAACAUUUUGUUCAGUGGUGUGCAGACAGAAAUUUCACCAAGCCGCAGGAUGGCGAUGUUAUAGCCCCACUCAUAACACCUCAAAAAAAGGAAUGGAACGACAGUACUUCAGUCCAAAAUCCAGCUCGCCUCCGAGAAGCAUCCAAAAGCAGAGUCCAGCUUUUUAAAGAUGACCCAAUGUGA